CUGAAGUGCCCUGAAUGCACCAACAGUCUAUGGUCUCCUCAGAUCAGCGUCUCGUUCAGACGAAACAGGAAGAAGGCUUCGUGAGUUGAGUGGAGCGUCUUUGGUGUACAGUCUCUUUAGCUCAGUGGGUUUGUUUGUUUGGGUUUAAAGACCAGUGGUCGGGAGGAGGAGGAGGAGUGAGACAGGAACGGAUAAGAGUUCCUCCAUAGUGUCAAGAGAUAGAUGAUGUGAGUUCUGAACGGCAGCUGGUGGACUGUGGACCAUCAUGGAGGCCCGGUUUGGCCCCGUGGUGUUCAGCUCUCGGUUUGAUUCUGGGAACCUGGCCAGGGUGGAGAGAGUGGACCGGGCUGGAUCAGAUGGGGAGCCCGCUGCCAACGGCAACAAUGGCUCGCUCUCCACUCCAGACUAUGAGUUCAACAUCUGGACCAAGCCUGAUUGUGGAGACACAGAGUUUGAGAACGGCAACCGGUCAUGGUUCUACUUCAGUGUGCGGGGUAUCGCCCCAGGAAAGUUACUGAAGAUUAAUGUGAUGAACAUGAACAAGCAGAGCAAGCUGUACUCCCAGGGUAUGGCCCCGUUUGUACGCACACUGCCCGUCAAGACGCGCUGGGAAAGGGUUCGGGAACGGCCCACAUUUGAGCUGUCAGAGAAUCAGUUCACCCUGUCCUUUGUCCAUCGCCUGCUAGAGGUGCGUGGUGCCACCACCUUCUUUGCCUUCUGCUACCCCUUCUCUUACGCCGAGUGUCAGGACAUGCUGCAGCAGCUGGACCAAAGGCUGCUUAGCACCACCCAUUCUCUAGGACCAUGCAGUCCUGUUGACUCUGUGUAUUACCACCGUGAGCUGCUGUGCCACUCUCUGGACGGGCACCGUGUGGACCUGUUAACGGUGUCCUCCUGCCACGGCAUCCAGGAGGACAGAGAGCCCAGGCUGGACAAACUUUUCCCUGACCACAGCACUCCCAGAGCGCAUCGCUUUGUAGGGAAAAGGGUGUUUUUCCUGAGUAGUCGAGUGCAUCCAGGAGAGACGCCGUCCAGUUUUGUCUUCAACGGUUUCCUGAAGUUUAUCCUCAAUCCGGAUGACCCGCGGUCCCAAAUACUGCGCAGGAUGUUUGUGUUCAAACUCAUUCCCAUGCUCAACCCUGACGGGGUCGUCAGAGGUCACUACAGGUCAGACAGACUCCCCGGGGUCAACCUGAACAGGCAGUACUUGUGCCCAAGUCCCGAGCUGCACCCCUCCAUCUACGGGGCCAAAGCCCUGCUGCUCUUCCACCACCAGCACAACCGCCUGGGCCCCUCAGCCGCCCUGCUGGAAGCCCUCCAGCACCCAGGGCCCCCUCAGUGCCAAGAUCUCCAACCUGGCCAACACCCACCCAGGUCCCGGCUGGAACGGCUCAACCGGAGGAACGAGGCAGAGCGCAGCGGGGAUGGGCUGGCCAUCACCAUGCCUGGCCUGCCCAUGCAGCUGGAGGCCGAGGGCGAGGCGGGCAGCUGGGAGAAGGACACCGUGGAGCGGGAGGAGGGGCCCUGUGACGAGAACGAGGCGGUGGCCAACCCCGGGGCUCCUGCACCCCAGGGCACGGCUCCCAUGGAGCAGAUCCCGCCCCAAGAGAGCGGCGUGGCCUAUUACGUAGACCUGCAUGGCCACGCCUCCAAGCGGGGGUGUUUCAUGUAUGGGAACAGCUUGACUGAUGAAAAUGAUCAGGUGGAGAAUCUGCUCUAUCCAAAGCUGAUAGCCGUGAACUCUGCCCACUUUGACUACCUGGGCUGUAACUUCUCCGAAAAGAAUAUGUAUGCACGGGACAAGCGUGACGGCCAGUCUAAAGAGGGCAGUGGAAGAGUGGCCAUUCAUAAAGCUAUUGGCCUCAUCCACAGUUACACUCUGGAGUGCAACUACAAUACGGGUCGUUCGGUCAAUACCAUUCCCCCUGCGUGUCAUGACAACGGCCGAGCCACACCGCCACCACCUCCCACCUUCCCACCCAAAUACACACCUGAUAUAUACGAGCAGGUGGGGCGUGCUGUCGCCGUGGCAGCCCUGGACAUGGCGGAGUGUAACCCGUGGCCUCGGCUCAUUCUGUCGGAGCACAGCUGCCUGCCAAACCUGCGUGCCUCUCUGCUCAAACACGUGCGCAACAGCAAAGCAGUCAACACCAGUGUCAGGAGGAACGGCUCCAAAACUGGCAGCCCCCCUAAGAACACUGGCCUGAGCACCUCUGCCUCAGAGAACUCCCUGAGCCGGAUGCGUAGCAACAGCACCAGUGUCGGCGCGCCCCACGGUGGCCAGCAGGUGUCCCCGCAGCUCAAGAGCUCCCCCAGCUUCACCUUUGGCUUUGGUCCCUCAGGCCACGCCCCUGCCCCCUCCUCCUCCACCCCACACAGGCCCGCCCACAGGGCCCUGGGACCAGUCAGAGAGUCUAAGGCUCAGGAGAAGAGACGAUCCCACCACCACCGUCCUCUGUUACGGUCUCCUAACACCAGCCAGCCUGCCCUCUCUCGCCCCUCCCUCUCUAACUCCUCGUCGUCGUCCUCCUCGCCCUCCUCCUCCUCCUCCUCCACCUCCACCUCCGGCCCCAACCCAAGCCCCUGCUCCAUCAGCAUGGCAGGCAACAGUUGUCCUGAUUUCCGCCCGUCGUCACAAGGCAAAGACUUUACGACGCGGACUGGGCGGUGGGGCAGAGGGGCCAAGUUGUACGCGGGGUACCAUCAUCACGCAACACCUCCGAAACGGGGCCCACUCACCAAACAGACCUCUUUGAGAGAUGAGCCCAUCAACUUCCUAUCUUCCAUCGAAUACACCAAGUGUGAGCUGCAGCCCAGGCCUAGCCGGAUCCCAGUGCGAAGGCUGGACUCAAACGACACCCUGGCCCCACCGGCACUCUCAUCCGCGCCCCAGACCACUGAGCACACAGACUCAAGCCCUGACAACACCAGCACCACUAUGAAGGUGUGGAGACUGAUCAAGCCUGGUAUCAAGAAACACCUGUCCUUCGCAGGAGUGACUGGGAAGGAGGGUCCUCCUCUGAGUCUGGCCUCCAAAGCUCUGCUUAGGAACUCUGCCCGCAGUUACCUUUACUCAGAUGGCAACACAACAGAGACAUCAGUGUCCGAUUCCUGCGUGCAGGAGAUCACCCCUGAAGUGGCGUCAGAACCAGCAGCAGUAUGUGGGACAGUGCUUUUUGCUGACUGAAGCCUAGCACUUCAGCAGCAGGCUACUGUACCACAGAACUGCAGAAAGCAAAGACAUUGAGUCACUAUGACUGCUUCAGCAGUCCAAGGACAUAACAUGUUCACUGUUCACUUUUCCUCGUAUGUGCAGUUUCACACAGGUGAAAAGAUAUGAAACAUUUUGGUCCACAAACUUUCAAUUCGCAGCAGUGAUGAUGACUGAUGCUUUGUCACUACACUGAAAUCAUGGAAAGUAGCCGACUUUGAGAUUUGCACUUGACUUGCACAUGCCAGUCACUGAUGCCCCACAAGCACUUUUGAACAUACUGUAGCCAGUCUGAAUUACUGCAACUUAUAGCACCUUUUAAUUAACGUGUGUGACUUAUCUGUUGUGAAAUUAAAUUUAUUCUGAUUAUUGUUCACACAUUUGCAUGGUACUGUUGUCUCACUGGUGAUUUUGUUCUUGUUUGUUUUUAAAUUACAAACCAUGUCACUUUGUGCUUAUUAUUCUUUGGUUUAUAUAAUUCUGUCAGCAGAUCAAAAUACUGUUGUUUUGACAGCAACACUGAUUAUCAUUGAUUGUUCAGAGAUUCAUAAUACCCAGUGCUUGGGAGGCUAUGCCUUUGAAUAUGCUCAAUUUCCUAUCAUACACUAAUAAAUGUUUAUACCCAGAG